CCUGCAGAGGAAACGGCUACCGCCGGGACUGGCUGAUUGGGUGGGAGCCAGUCGAUCGUUCUGUUAGGAUUGGUCCAAUGAUUCUUUUCGAAGUUUGCAUCAUCCAAUCGAAGGGCCGGAGAUAUAGCUAAAAUACUAACAAAAGGGUUCCUCCGCGAGACUCUCGCAGAAAGUAGUUCUCCAGGGCACAAGAGAGCUGCUGGUCCUUCCGCUCAGUGCGCCACCCGCAACGAGCGGCGAUUUCUCUGCGAGCUCGCCGAGCCACUGCUCUUCCUGGGACGGCGGGCUUGGAGGCCUGAGCGAGCUCGGGGCGCGCGCCAACACGUGCGGAUGACGGCGGCGUCGGGAUUCGCAGAGUAACGACGAGGAGGCGGGGCCUGCUGUUUGAAUCCGGCGGCGGGCGGCGAGGAGGUGCACGCGGGAUGGAUACCAAUUCAAAAGACACCGAACCUCCUGAAACCGAGGAGUCUGCUGUUAACAAUGCUGCCCCACGACAUGUCUGUUUCAGAAAAUGCCUUUUUCAUUUUGGGAAAUGGGAAGCUUGUGACUCCUCAGAAGGAUGCAGAAGUGACUCCUAAUGGUUGUGCACCACAUACUUUUAAGUCACCUUUGAACUUUGAUACAGUAACUGUAGAGCAAUUGGGAAUUACACCUGAAAGCUUUGUUAAGAACCCUUCAGGAAAGCCAUCAUCCUACCUUAAAAAAUCCAGACGACGUUCUGCAGUUGGUGCUCGGGGCUCUCCUGAAACAAACCAUCUUAUUCGUUUCAUUGCUCAGCAGCGGAAUUUAAAGAAUGCAGAGAAAUCUCCUUUGGCACAGAAUUCCCCUUUUCAGGGCAGCCCUGUGUUACACGGAAAUGUUAAUUCUUUAAAAGAGCGAAUAUCUGCCUUCCAGUCUGCUUUUCACUCCAUAACGGAAACCGAGAAAAUGACUGGCUGUCCUGAAUUCUCAGAGGCAGGAGAGUUGGAGGCGACAGGCUUGAAAAGCCUUGGCGAAUGUCAGCAGUCUGAGUUCCCUGCACAGGUACCAUGCAGAUGGGGGAGGCCGUCCUCAGAGGGCAACUCUGAUGAAGACCUGCCGGAAGCAGUUGAUCUCCAGAAAUCUUCUGAGUCCGGUUUGACACAGUCUGGAUGUUUAGUUGAAGAGUCUAGUCCACUCUCAGAGCUCACAGAGACUUCAAGUGGAGUCAAGACUGCUGACACUGUGGAGGGCAAAGGACCAAGUAAAGCUGUUUCCCUGGACAGACUGACAGAAGCGAGCACAGAGACAGCUCCUGAAGUCAGGGCGCUGGUGACCCCACUGUGCAGGAGGGCGCUUUCCUCUUCUGAGACCUUUGGACUUCGUUCUGUGCUGAAGAAACCCUCUGUUAAGCUGUUUCUAGAAAGCCUACAGGAACAUUGUGACAACCUCUGUGAUGAUGCACCUCAUCCAAGCUUAGUCUCAAAUCUUGCAAACUGUUGCAAAGAAUUCAAAGCAGAUGGUCAAGAAAAUUAUAAAUUUCCAGCCUUUGUUAAUACGAGGAAGAGGAAGAGAGUUACUUUCAGAGAAGACCUAAUCCCUGAAGUGUUUGAUGAAUCUUUGCCAGCAAAUACUCCACUGCGGAAAGGAGGAACACCUGUUCGUAAAGAGGCUUUAAGUAGUAUCAGUCCCCUGCUACUUGAGCAGUCACCAGUUCCUGAGCAGUUAUCUCAACCAAACUUUGACAACAAAGGGGAGAAUCUUGUAAGUGUGAAAAAAUGUAGAGCAAACUUGUUUAUAUUUUCAUCAGACCUCAACUAUUUUAGAUGAGCAGUAAUUAUGCUUUGAAAUCACGAAAUGGUCUAAAUGAUAUGUCAUGGUAUAAAUUAAUGCAUUUUUCUUCAGUAUAUUACUAGCUUUCUCCUAUUAAAAACUAUUCCCGUGACUCUUUAUAGAUAGUAUAUUUCGUGGAACCUAAAUACUGUUGAUUGUAAGAUGUGCCAUUAUUUUAUGUAUCACUAACAAAAAAUACUGAAAAUUAAACUGACACACCACGAAUUGGAAGAUGUACUCAAUUUCAGAGAUGUUAAAAUGUGAAAGAGCAACAGUCUUAGAAUUAAUAUGCUAUAAAUAUACUGUUAUUUUUCUAUAAUGAAUUUCUACACAUGGAAUUAGUAGAUUAAAUAUAGGAACAUUUUUAACUUUUUGAUGUGUGUUGCUAAAUUACCAUCCAGAAAGUACAUGUCAAUUUAGACUCAGCGUUAUAAAUGGUUUUA